AUGCAAGCGAGGUCGGCAGCGUUCAUUGGUCAUCAUACCACUAAGACGACUUCGUGGCAGUGCAGCAAGCUGACACGUAUUCUGGCUCGUCUGCGCGUACGUCUGCCCGAGAACACAAGUCUCUUCCAUUCCUGCAUCAGUCCACAGUCUUCUACUCAGUUUCGUUGGGCUCAUGGGUCUUACAAUCCUGUGAUCUGGAUGUGGAACCGAGCCAUCGACCACGAAUCCGAAUACCUCAACACGCAACAUUUAUCUUCUCAUCUACAUGUACUCUCCUUCCACCUUAACAGAUCAGGGACUAGAAUGGACGUCAAUUGCGACCAAUGUACCUCCUCGCACACAUCGCCGCGGUUGGUAAAUAUGCCAGAAACCAUUUCACAAUCUCAGAACCAGCAAAACCCCUCGGAUCAAUUGAGCACUGGAGCUCACCGACGCCGAUGCCACGACGAGUCCCAAGUUGAGGCUGGAACAGCGCUUCUGAGUUCUACGGCUGCCGACUGGGAUCGCUCUAGCUGUACGGCAGAUAGACUGUAUGGCCGGGAGCACGAUGCCAGGAGACUGCCAGGAGACCAAAAGAUUCCGAGACAGGGCCAGUCACGUCAGUCCAUCGUUUGCUCUCGUUUGAGCGGAUCUUCCAAUACUGCCACGACUGACAGGCUGGCAGCUGCCCAACGUUCGACUUAUCUCAACGCAGAGCCUUCUGGCACCUCGCAACGUUUCAGGCGUCGAGAGCUGACCACCCUCACGCGACAGCCAUCUGUCAGAGGAGCUCAACCCGUCCAACGAGGCCGCCCGCUCGCCAAGCACUCUGCUGCGGCUCAACUUGCAAUACUGGACUUAGCCAGCCUCCUCCUUCGAAUAGCAAUGGCUGAAGGACCAGGUGAAGCGACUGCAAAAAAGAGCGGGAAAGAGAAACGGAGGACACACAGCGGACUCUUGGCAAACGACAAGCUCACGGGGACGGGGACGGGGACGGGGACGGGCACGGUCCAUCUCAGCGGCGGACGGCACCUCUCACUACUGUUGGCGGCUCGCGAAACAUCCUCCUCCCACCACAUCACAACCAUCAGCAUUAUUAUCAAGCAUUCAUCAGCAUUCUAUCGCUUCUGCUCUGACCACACUCGCAUGCACAUGGCUCUCCAGAUCAACAGAAAGAUUCUAUUCUUUGCCACACUUUCUCGCGAGAGGUCCCUCUGCCUCUGCUCCGCCCACCAGAGCUCUGCACGCCGCCAGCAUGACGAUGCGAACAAGGCUCGCCGCAGUAAGUUCUUCAGUCAGUAUGUCACGGACGUAACAUCGAGUCCUGUUCCUGGCCUGGAUCUACUGCUACUUCGUUUUUCUUCAUCAUUUACUUUCCUACGCAUUGCGCCACCUGGUGGCAUGGACCAAUCCAACACCACCAUUAUGGACGCUCUCAACGCCAACUCCGACGCAAUGAUGCUGGACCACACAAAUCAAGACGAAGACCAGCAGCAUGUCAUCUGGCCCAACAACAUGAAUAUCGACAUUAUUGCAAGCAGCUCAGAGACCUGGGGAGGGAGCACAGACUACAUCGAUCCGGCUCUUCUAGAUCCAACAACAUUCGGGCAUGGCGCUGCGCUGAGAAGAGAUGAGGGCAUGGAAGACGCACCAUUCGAGCUUGAUGACGCCUCCAAUGUACGAAUACAAAACGAGGUUGAAAAUGCAGAGAAUGACUUCUUGUCGACCGGUCCAUACGCAAGCCCGACCGCGCAUACACACCAGCCUAUUCUGCACCACCAACAAUACGAUGCCAUUCAGACUCAAACGCCGACACGCCGCCUCGGCCGCCUCAAUACUACUAUGCUGCCCACACCGCCAAUGUCUCAGCCUUCACAGCACAGACUGAACGCAGAGGCAUUUACCUUUGAACCUGGGAUGGACUGGCAAGGCAAUUUGCAACGUCAGCCUCACCACCAUGACCAAGAAAGUCGCAACGCCAACAUGGGCCGCUUGGAGAGGGACCUAUAUGACGGAUAUCUCACGCCAACAUCAGCGGCGUCUGCACAAAAUCGACGCCAACCAUAUUAUACAGCUUUUGACUCGCCGACACCGGAAUCGCAGCAAGCUUCACAACAUCAGAAUGCCGACCCAAGAUAUUCUAUUCUCAGUGUGGAGGCCACAGCUCCUGCCUUGAACUUCAAUGGUGCCGAGGCAGGCAUCGCUGCUGUGCACAACAUGCAGGGCUGGGUGCAAGAUGGGCCAUAUAUUCCCAACGCUAUGGGGACGAUUCCCUCUCGAGAUCAUCUUCAUUCGGCUGAAGUCGCACAGCCUAGAAAGAAGCGCUCCGCAAGUCAAGCCUCCUUCACAUGCACACAGGACGACUGUCCCAAAACCUUCGCCACGAAAGCAGAUAGGGACCAUCAUGAGCGAUACCAUGGGAAUCGAGACCACGCUUGCGGAGUGUGCGGGAAAGGUUUCCACUUCCCCAAAGACUUGAAGCGCCACACCAAGAUUCACAACCCGCGCGACCGCCACUUGAUGUGCACCAUUCUACACUGUAAAUACCAUACGAGAGGUUUCCAUCGCCAGGACCACUUGGACAGACACCUCAACAAAGUCCACGGCAUCCAGAAACACGCCAGCUUAGAUCAUGUUCCAGACCGUACAUCAGCCAGCGAGCAUCAUUUGUGGAUUAUAGCAUUUUCCUGCAAAAUCGGGAAAAGCUUUCGCAUCAAUAAGAUGAUGCUCAAGGAUCCUAGAUGUAGAUGUAGAAUAUCCAAUGCCGCCUUUGCUAUGACCAUCGUCAUUCUAUCAAGCUUUGACCUUUCACAUUGA